AUGCCUGGAGGAUUCUGCCUCUGGCUACGCAGAUUGGAACCAGAUGGCAACAGCACCGUGCGUCUUCGGCAAGGGCUCCAAAAACGUUACAAGGCUGAGGUUUUAAACUUUGGACGACCUUCCCGGACCCUGUGGCAUCAACACCUUCGGCUUUCCCACAUCGAGACCUGCAGCCAACUUCUCACUCGGUUUCUGCUGCUCCAGGACUGUCGCCUGGUGGCUUCGCCUUUCCCUCUCCGGCAGGGUCCAAGCCGUCUACAAAAAUCAUGGACGUUUCCAGCGCUCCGGGAACGCAGCCGUGUUUAUUUCUCCGACGUGAGAGGCUGGCAACGGCAAGGCGAUCUAGCCAGGCGCAUCAUCGGCACUUGCUCCUGGGCUGAGCCGGUUCCCUUCCAGCCCCCUUCCCACCGGGGGCCGAGCUGGGCUUGGCUUCCUCCUCCCGUGGGCUCUCCUCCGCCUUCUCGGAAAAAGCGUUCAGGAUCCGGGCGGAGUCCGCUUCCCCGCGAAGGCGAUGGGAUCGAGGCGGGAUUGCGCUCUUUCAGGAGCUGCAGCCGCGGACGGUGGUGGGUCUGGCCGGCCUGCGGGUGCUCUUGCGAGGCAGCGGGAGGAACCCGACUCGACUCGGAGCACGCUCAUCAUUUUCGGGCUGUGGGAGGGAGUGGGCGCGCGCCGCUCGGGCGACUUGGCCUCUCAAGGCGGGGAGGCGCCGCAGGGUCAGGCAUCGCUCGCGGGGGCAAGGGGGCAGCCGCCGGGCGGGAGGGGCCAGCUCCAGGGCCGCCGCAGCGUCGCCUCCUCCGCCUGUCGGGCGCCCUGUUGCGCGACGUGCGGCCGGGCAGGGGAUGGACGCCAACGGAGCUUGGUUCGCCUUUUGCCCGAAGGGGGGCGCUCUCUGGAGGGCAGCACCAACAGGACAACCCCGGCGGCUCUCCAGCAAGUGGCUCCCGCCGCCUGUUGCCCGGAUACUCGGCUCUCUUGACUGCCCGCCCAGCCCGGCUCAGCCGAGCUUCCAAGCCGAGUGGGAGCUGAAUGUUAACCCCGUCGGCGCUGCUGCGCUUCUUCCCGCUCCCCGUCGAGAGGCGGUCGCGCAGCACGACGCCUUCCACCUUUGUACUUGCCCCUCGCUCCGCGGACAGAACUGACGCUCUGUCUUUUGAACAGUGGCAAGCGCAGGCGAACUUGCCAGAGACAGACGCGAGGAGGUGGAAGGCUGCCGCGGGCUAAUAGACAGCACCAGCCCAGAGCCCCAGCCCCAGCCAGUAGGUCCCAUGACCCCGAAGGAAGAGGUCCGUGCGCCACCCGGUCGCCUUGCAGACUCAGCCUGGGGGGGGGGGGGCGGAGAAGAGCACCUGGAGGCCACCCACAAGAAGUUCUGUCCCUGCCCCUGCAGAAGUGGGACACGCCUGGCCGGAAGAACCUGCGGCAGACCAGUGCUCUCUUUCGGCUGAGCGCAGUGGCGCCUUUCUAUUACUAUGGGGGCGCGGGAGGUCGCUCAGCCCUCGAUCACCAGCAAGUCUCACACCGGACCAGUGAAAAAAUCAAAGAACUUCCUGAACAACUCCUGUGGAGGAUGUUGGCAUGCAUUCCUUAUGUCAAGUAUGAAGAUUUUUGAGAAUGAGCUUGUGUAUCUUGCAGAAAGGCAGCUGGCAGCUGUACGUAACCGUCAGUGGCAUCACUUCUAGGCUUUAAACAAUCAGUUUAUCAUGGGGAUAAAAAUCGUUUCUGAAGUACUUCCCUGUUCUGUGUUUUAGCAUAAGAAAAUGAUUGCAGGAAAAUGUGACUCAUAAACCCAAAUCUUCAUGACAAUGUUUGACUUUAGCUUGAUCUAUACAAGUGAUGAACAUAUAUGACAGAAUUGCCCUAUGUAACCAAAUCUUAUGCAUGUUUACAUGUAAAUAAAUCCUGUUAGUUCAUUAGGGUUUACUCCUAGGUAAGUGAGCACAGGAUUGAAACCUGAACAGGAAUCCAAAAUUGCUAAUUCAUUUCAGGCAACCAUAGCUAUUAUUAGCCACUCAGAAAAACAAUUCUCUCAGCCUCAUAGCAUCUGGCAUACUGCACUGGAACAGAUAUAGAAGAAUGAAAGUAGUCAGAAGCAUGCCCUUUUUAUAGAUUUUUUUUCUAAAAUAGGGGUAUCCCAUUUCCUCAAAUACAAAAUGGUUUAGAGCCAGCCAAAUGCUGAGGAAUUGUAGCCUAAAGAUUACAGUCAUGUAUAGCAUUUAUUAAUACUAGAGGGAAGAGCAUAUAUACAAACCUUUUCCCAUUCAGGGAAACCACAUUUUUUUUCAAAUUAGCUGCCCCAGUGCAGCUAAGAAGUUUUGCAUGUGGCUGCAGGCUUCUAAACAUGUAUCAUUUGUUGGUUUUAGGAACCGUGGGCAUAAAUGGAAUGUGUGCUAGAGCACAGAUGUGAUCUAUCAUUUUAAUGUGCAUCCUCUUCCAUAUCAUCAUAACAGAAAUAAUUCCCUUUAAAGCAUGACUAUGGCUGAACCAGAACAAGCGUAUUUGUGUGGUGGAUAACCUGUGUGUUCUAAAUGGGUGUGGCCAUAUACAUACCCUUAGUCAUACUGGCCAAAGUGGCUUACCACGUCUUUCUGCAGAAGCCAGUGUAUGUGAUACUGUUUAUUGACUGUAGGCCACUAUGCACUGAGCAGCAAUGCAUUGUAGAGGAACUGGGAUUCCUGUUACAUGUGCUUAGCCAAGCCCAACAAGAAGACAGAAAUUUCUGACGGACACACAAGCCCCUUUAUCUCAGUUUUCCAUGAGAGGAGGUACUUUUGCUGUGUCUGUACAAUCAUCCCAGUAUGGUAACAGCCCAGAGAAUUGUUUUUCCUUUAAAUUAGCCAGUAGAGCUGAUAACAUGGAGCAGGAGGUAGCACUCAGCCAUUGUUGAUCAGCAGCUGAAGGGUAGGAGGACUAACAUGGUGAGUCUGAGAGAGAGACUCAGAGGCAGGUGAUACAAGCUCUUGACUGGCCAGCAGGGGCACUGCUGGCCAGUCAGCUGUUUUGCCUCUGCAUCUGAUGUCACUGCUGAUAAGGAAAUUGCCCCCUCUAUCAGGUGUGAUGGAGGUUUGCUUUCUGUACUAUCUCACAAAUCACAUUGGCCAAAUUGAAGAGAAAGUGAUUCUCCAGAUUGCUUAUUUGGCAAUUCCACCUCUCUGGCAUAAGGGCAACAAAUGCAAGUAGCGGGAUAUAUUUAUUAUUUACUUAGCAUCUUUAUCAUACUUGGAGUGUUGAAAGUACUUCACAUGCAAUACCUCAGUAAUCCUUUCUGGCAAGGCAGGCCAGUAUUGUUCUCCCCAUAUUGCAGAGGGUGAUUUGCCUAAAGCAGGGGUGGGCAAAUUGCGGCCCGCGGGCCACAUGCGGCCUGCUACAGAGUUUUUUGUGGCCCGCCAAGACAGUCAGAAAAAUCCGCCUUGAACCAAGAUUUCCUUCAUUUCCUUCAUUCCUACAUUUGUCUCUUUAAACUGAUUCUAAAAUUAAAUGUGCUUGCAGCUAUAGAUGAUAUGAA